AUGAAGGCCGCCGUUCUCCUAAGUCUUCUUCCCGCUCUAGCCCAGUCCGCCGCUGUCGGGCGUAGGCAGACUGGGGAUGGCUCACAGGGCGACUCGGACUCGACUCAAGGUGAUUUGGGAGAGAGGCCUCCUCCUCGAUUCCCUUUCCCUGUCACCAAGUUCCCCGUCGCCAACGAAACAGUCGUUCUUGAGAACGCCAUGUACAUUAUGCCCGGUCAGGUUUUCGAUGGAGGCAUGAAGCGUUACGAACGUCCUGAAGGAAGCUGUAAUGAGCAGGCCGAAGGUACCGACGCCGAUGCUGUAUUCAACCUCAUGCCCGGAUCCACAAUCAGGAAUGUUAUCAUUGGCAAGCAUCAAGCCGAGGGCAUUCAUGCCCUUGGCGAUGCCUGGGUCGAGAACGUUUGGUGGGAGGAUGUCUGCGAAGACGCCUUGACCGCCAAGGGGUUGAACACCCAGCUGAGAGUCAUUGGUGGCGGUGCUCGCAACGCAACGGACAAGAUCAACCCGAAUUACGGCGAUGAGUUCCGACUGAAGAACGCUCAGUUGAGCGGUCUUGACCGUAUCUGCGACAAGGAGAUCGGAAACAACGUCCAGACGGUGCCAUAUACAAUCGGCACCGGCCCCGACGAAAAGUAUGCGCUUUACAACACCACAACAGACCAUAUCACAACCAGCUUCAACGGCUCAGUGACAAACUUUUAUGAGCCUGAGGAGCCGUAUGAGUGGCUUGCUGACUAUUGGCCCGAGGGCUUCCACUGA